CUAACCAGACCAACCAGACCAGUCAAACUAACCAGACCAACCAACCCUGCAAUGACAACCUCUGAAACAAACAGAACAACGGUUAUCGCCAGAUUAAAGCGGGCGGCCGACUCAAACAGGGACGAGGCUGACUCAUCAGACUUGUCCCUGGAGGAAGUGAUGACAGAGGAAGAAAGCAAGUUCCGAGACGGGCUAGACAACAGCAUGAUGGGUAAUGAGGAAACCGAGGAGGAAGAGGUUCCAAAAGAGGAUGAUGAGGAGGACACUGAGGAGGAAGAGGAAGACACUGAGGAGGUUCCAAAAGAGGAUGAUGAGGAGGACACUGAGGAGGAGGAGGAAGACACUGAGGAGGAAGAGUUCCAAGAAGAGGAUGAGCAUGAGGUGGAAGGUGGAGAACGUCAGAAGAGAGCCCUUCGAGGCUGGAGGCGCAGAAAGAAGAUUGCUCGUAGGUCCCUUGGGCUCUAUGGACUGUUCCAGCUGUCGGACAGCUACUUCUGUAGUUCCGGUUACCGCUGGUCCAAAAACAAGUGUAACACAAGCUGCGCAGCCUUCAGCGAUGACAACAUUGAGGACGACAUCGAAUGCUUGGUGAAGACCCAUUACUGGUGGAUUUUGUUGAAGAGAGCCUCUCGCCGUUGCCGUUAUCGCUCCUACAACUACCUCAGUACUUGUAAUUGAGCAGCCGUCGGUGAAGGGUUUCACACCAACAGCCAUUCAGCUCCUGCACUUUAAACAAGAGGAUUCAUCAUGUGGAGCUCUUUAUUCUUCUCCUUUCUCUUCUCUGACAUCAUUCUGUCAAAACUUCAGGAGUUAAAGAAGUUGAAGUGAUGACGUGUCUCAGCAGUGGGACAAGAUGUGAUGAUUUUAUUUACCGCUUCAUUCCCUGAUGAGAAAAUCUACUCAUGUAUCUGCUGCUUUUUUCAAUAAAUAUCUUUCACUCUA